CUGAGCGGCAGCAAUGCCAUACUUUUAUUUUGAAAACAGGAAAUGACACCCUCAUACGAUGAUCAGCUGACUGAAAUGUUGACAAAGCAAGUCGGCCACCGGUGGAGGAAGCAAAAACCCAGUGAUAGCCUCAGCGAUGAGUAAAUGGUCCGAUUCUGACGACUGACAUGUCGGAUGUUUAAUUCAUUGAGCUAAGAGCUCCGUGACAUUAUAGUUUCGGGCUUUUUUUUCACUUGCUUGACUGCACAGUUGCCAGUUGUCUGUGCAAUAGCUACUGCUGAUUUGCUGAGUUUUAGUCUUCCCUGACAUGUGAUCCAUGUGAGCGGUGAACAAGAAGAGAAGAUAAACACCAGGAAACUCCUCUACUGUCGGUAUGGACAUCCAGAACGAGAGGAGAAGGCUGCUGGAUGGGGAGGGUGGAGAUGAGGAUCCUACAGGUCUCAUGUCUGAGCAGGAUGCUUACCUGAGUAAAGUGAAGAAUAAGAAGUUGUACCUGGCGACAUUUGUGUCUGUUCUGGGUCCCAUGAGUUUCGGGUUCGUGUUGGGAUACAGCUCUCCCGCCAUCCCUGAACUUACCACAAUCGAUGACCCACGGCUGAAGCUGAAUGAUGUCCAGGCCUCUUGGUUUGGGUCCAUAGUGACGGUGGGAGCGGCAGCAGGCGGGCUACUCGGUGGUUGGAUGGUGGAGAAGAUCGGCAGGAAGCUCAGUCUGAUGUUCUGCUCGCUGCCAUUUGUGUUUGGCUUCACCAUAAUUAUUGCAGCGCAGAAUGUGUGGAUGCUUUAUGUUGGCAGAGUGCUCACCGGCCUCGCCAGUGGCGUCACGUCACUGGUCGUCCCGCUGUAUAUCUCUGAGAUGGCACACGAGCGGGUACGCGGAACGUUAGGCUCCUGUGUGCAACUCAUGGUGGUGCUAGGCAUCAUGGGAGUGUAUCUUGCAGGUCUCUUCGUGGACUGGCGCUGGCUGGCGAUCUGUGCCUCCAUCCCGCCUACACUGCUGAUGGUCUGCAUGUGCUUCAUGCCAGAGACGCCCCGGUUCCUGCUGUCACAGGGCAAGAGGCGGGAGGCAGAGGAGGCUCUACGCUUCCUGCGAGGUCCGGACGCCCCCGUCGAAUGGGAGUGUGCACGCAUCGAGGAUGCCUGUGAUGAGCAGGGUUCUAGCUUCCAACUGUCUGACCUCAAGGAUCCUGGUGUCUACAAGCCUCUCAUGAUCGGGGUCAUGCUGAUGUUUUUUCAGCAGAUGACGGGCAUCAAUGCAAUCAUGUUCUAUGCUGAGACCAUAUUUGAACAGGCACAUUUUAAGGAGAGUGACCUGGCUUCAGUGAUCGUGGGUCUGAUUCAGGUCGUCUUUACCGGAGUGGCAGCAGUGAUCAUGGACAAAGCUGGGAGGAAAGUCCUUCUCAUCAUCUCAGGUGUUGCAAUGGCCAUCAGCACCACAGCAUUUGGGGUUUACUUCUACCUGAUGUCCAAACUUCACAGCACCACCUCGUUGAGCCUCUUGAUGCUGGACAUGCAGAGCACGUCUGCUGAAGAACCCCACCCUGAUCUGGCCUGGCUGGCCCUGGCCAGCAUGGCUGUUUUCAUCAUGGGUUUUGCUCUUGGUUGGGGUCCGAUCCCAUGGCUCGUCAUGUCGGAGAUUUUCCCUCUCAAAGUGAGGGGCGUUGCCAGUGCUGUCUGCGUCCUCACCAACUGGAGCAUGGCAUUCGUCGUCACCAAAACUUUCCAAGACAUGAUGAAUCUUCUAACCAGCGCUGGGACCUUCUGGUUGUUUGCCUCUAUGUGCAUCGUCAAUGUCAUCUUCACCAUUGCCUUCAUCCCAGAAACAAAGGGCAAGACACUAGAGCAGAUUGAAGCCACAUUCAGAGGGACAUCAGGUCCAUGAAGCCCCACCGACCCAGCCACCAAAAAACGUCCCACACAAAAACUGAAAAAUCUCAGGCCUCGUAUUUCUGAACUGACUCGUCCUUGUGACACUGUAAGGGCAUUUUUAAAAACUUUGUGAAGCUAAUAAAGCUAUAAAACUAAUUGAAACACUUUAUCACAGCACAGUAGGAGAUCAAUCUCAUCCAGACUUAGCUCAGUAAUAAAUCCUGCCUUCACGAAGAUGUUCAGUUUUUGGUCAAACAAAAAGAGGUGAUUGAACUGUAUGAUCACCAUGCUGUUGAACUGAGAGGUGUCUAUACUAUUUUUUCCAUCCCUAUUGUAUGAAAUAUACUGUAUCAAAGAGGUCUGACCAAACUGGCAACUGAGUGUAAAUCAUCUGUUUCUAGAGCUAGUGUUGGGUUUGUCUAUUGUACUAUUGUAAAAACAAGGCGGUACAACAUGACGGACUCUGUGGAAGAGGACCCACAGUGUCUGUAGAUAUAAAAGGCUCUCUAAUGUAACAAAAACAUAACUCUUACUUUUCAGGUGAUUACACACUAAUGAAAACAUAAUUUUGCAUAGUAUAUCCUAUUUCUGUUAUAUUCUGUAAACGGGACCCCUAAAUCUGACACACUGGUCCUUAAUCAGACCACUGAAGACUAAAGUUCUCCUCAGGUCAAAUACUUGAAAUUUUAUGUUGUGCUGGGAAACAAAUAUGUCGAAUAAUCGAAUAUCGUGUUGGACUACUAGAGUAAAGCACUCAUUUAAAAACAGUUCCAGACUAACGCUCAGUGAGCAGAGUCAGCACAGUUUAGUGUCUUCCCUAACAAUAUUUGGAUUGGAUAGGACAUGUGACUGUGGUGACACAGAACCUCAGUGUGCUGCUUCCUCCAGUGAGACUAGUCUACACUGCCCCCUGCAGGUCUCCCCUGCUAUAGCUCACCUCUAAAUGAGAAUCACAUACAUAGUGAAAAUUCUAUAUAAAACUACGAUCUUUCAGGCUUGGAUUCUAUACUGUGAAAUAUUAGAAUAAAAUUGGUGAAAAGAGGUUGUGGUAAGCUUAAAUUAAUGUCGGGUAUGAAAGAUACAAAUGUAAUGAGUUUUUACUGCGAAAAAGAAAUAACAAAAUGCCAAUUUGAUUAUUAUUUGUUAUUUUAGCAGGUUGAAACAUGCCUGUGACAAACUAGUUUUAGUUUUCUACACUAAGAAAAGAACAAAUACUCUCUGGGUUUUUUGAAAUUUUUAUCCACAUUAUUUUUCAUUUAACAGAAGCUGGUACAAUGCUGGAGAGUUUAGGGAAUACAGAGACUGCUUGAAACAAUAUUGGUGUUCAGUUAAUUAGUUUCAGUGCCAAAUUCAUCAGACUUAUUUUCUUUAUUGACUAGAUAAGAAAUAAUGUCUGGUUUCCCGGUAUACCUCCUUAUAGUCAAAAUGUCAUGAAGGAAUUUUGCAGAAACUUAAUUGCACUGAUGUUUUGAGAAGUGAGCGCACUGUUUAAACUGACUCUGCUGGCUGUUAAUUUAACUGUGCGUCAUCAGCGAAAUGAAAUACAAUUAAACCGAUUCUAUAAUGCAAAACUUGUUAAACAUCACCGGAAUUAAAAACUGCCAGCUGUAAACUCUCUUACAAGUUGGAGAAUAUUGUGUGUUUUGUAAUGUUUUUGUAAUAAUAUUCUCUUGGGAUACUCUUGUAAAGGAAAUGUUUUGAACAUAUAUUAUCUGACUUAUACACAACUGGGAUAGAUCUGAUUUGUUUUCAGUGACUUCUCUGAAGAAACCUGAUGAUCAUGUUUUUCCUCUUUAUAAUUUAUACGAUUUUUUUUGUACUCUGUUUUUUGUACUUUUCUCUCUAUGGGAAUAAAUAACUUUUUGGUGCUUGUUUGCUAUAAAUUCAGUGAAGCUAUGAAAUAGAUGCAUUAUUCCACUCUUUAAGCCAUUGUCCACUGGCUGGUUUGUAAUAUAAUGUAUAUAAUUUCCAAAUUCACUCUGAAUGGAAUCAAAUGAAGCUCUUUGUCCCAGUUUCAUUAUCCCAGUGUGAAUCUGAAAUAAAUGUCUGUGGAUAAAAA